UCGGCUCCUACCCAAGUUCUGCUCGCGACAGUUUCUUGCACUGGAGAGAUGUCGGACGCUUCUCUUUCUUCUGGAGAAUCUGAUGAGGGGCCCUGUGUUGAGCAGGAUCCGGGUCCAUGGGUGGAAGCCUUCAAGAAGUCAAAAGCUCUUAGAAAUGUGGGGAUGACUCUGGUGGUAGACCAUAGUGGCCGCUUGCACACCAAGCACAAAUGCACCAUGAAAGAUCUGAUCGCCAACUCUGAGGUUAUCCUGGUUGGGGUGGAGGGCCUAUGUGGGAAAGCUCGUUUGAGUGUCUACACCAUGCAGAAGGCAAUACUCCAGUUCUACAGCCAAUGCAAACUCUUUCCAUCAGGUGUGGUAAGUGAAAUCCCGGCUGUCCAAGAUUGGGCCAUGAAGAUGUCCAUAGCCAUCGCAAAGAUGGUAUCGAGAUUGCGGAGGCUGAUGAAACGGUCAUCGGGUUCGAAGCACAAGAAGUUGACAGAUUUGAAGACGGCAGCUCAUGUCAGGGGUUGGGAUCACGUUUGGCCUGAUGUGAAGUCGAACACGAACAAAACCACCCGAGUGGUCACUGAGACCGCACAAGUUGUUGACGCGAAGAACCUUGGUGACGGCUGCGGUGACCCAGCCGGCCUUCUCGAGUUGUCAGCGGCAUCCACCAGCGCGAGCGGUCCUAGCAGUGAUGUUCUGGAUGCAUUGAGCAGUCGAGAGGCUGGUGAACAGGAUGCGAAGGGCGAUUUGCCUGGGGCCAGUGAUCAAGAAACGGAACACCCUGCCAAAACGAGAGCUGGGGAAAAGGGGCCUGAGUGUCUCGAUCAACCGGAUGCCCCCAAAUGGGAAUAUGGAAAGAAGAAAACCGAGUUUGUGAAAAGGAAACGUGCUGAUGGCUUGAGCUAUAUUGAAGCCAUUGCGGUGUGGGACGAUUCAUAUGAGAAGGCGGAACUUUUGGGGCCCGUUCCACUCGCAGAGCUAAAGAAGCGUAGGACUCGCCACACCGCGGGCAGGUGUGUCUUCGUGCCUUAUGGAUAUGAAGGGUCUGAAUUUGUAUCUCAAGGAAAUGUUUUGGCAGUAAGGGCCAUACUCCUUUGUGUGCUGGCCAGCUUUUUGGGCCUACGAUGGCUGUUGGAGCAGCCUUCUGGUUCAUCCUUUGAAGAUUUACCUGAAUUCCAGCUACUUUUACGUGUGGCGGAAGUCUACUCCGGGAGGUUUUGGAUGGGGGUCUUCAACGCGGAGACGCCCAAACCCCAUGUCUUGUUCUCCAACGACUCGGGGUUUGUGGAUGCAAUCUGUGCCAAAGCAGGGUACAUGAGCCGUGAACAACAGCAGCGCUGCCGUGGACAAACUACUAUCAAGUACACUGAUAGAAAAGGAGUUCGGAGGUGUGUGGGGAUCAAAUCCGCCCUACGUGAUUCACAGCGCCUUGAACCGAUCUGUGAACAUUUUGGUGCAACUUCACCCCUCUCUUAA